AUGCAAUUCCAAUCCUUAAUAGAAGAUGGCAUGAAAGAAUCAUCAUGCCUAUAACUUUAGUAAUAAGGUACUUUCAAAUCUUUAAGACUUCUAGUUAAUAAAGCCAAGGCUCAAAAAGCAUUAUCGGAUAUGAAAACACUUGAAAAUAUUUGGAUUUCCUGGAUAACAUAGUAAUAGACUGGAUAAAGCUAGAAUGAAUAAACGAUUAAGAAAAAUGAUUCUAUUGAUGUGGAAUUCACAGAAGACACUAAUGUAUUUGUUUUCAUAUUAUAUCAUAGACUGUUGACAAGAAUACUCUACUUAAAAAGUUUUUUGAUAAGCUGAAAUCGAGAAUAAUUGAUGAUAAAAUAUAUAGUACUUUAACAUAAACUUAAACAACCUAAUUUUUUGAAGAAGUCACCACUCAAAUUUAAAACAAAAUAAAACUCUAUGAAGACAUAUAGAAACUAAAAUUAUUAUCCAAUUACCCAAGUACGUUCCAAUUUUAUUAAUUACUUAGUUAACUCUAAAAGGACCUACUCUAAAUAAGCUAAUAUGAUACUCAAAAAAUGGUUAAUUGAAAACUACAAUAAUCCAUAUCCUAAGUAGUAAUAAGUUGAAUAAUUAGUUCAAUAAACAAAUCUCACUAACAAAUAAGUAAGUCAGAAUCAAUAUUAUAUAUAGGUCUUAAAUUGGUUCAUUAAUGCCAGGAAUAGUCUUAAAAGUAAAUCUUCCUAGGAAAAGAAGUUCAAAAAGGUCGUUGAAACUAAAUUUAAGGAGCUUGCUGUCUUAAAAAAAAAGAAACACGAAAAAAUUAUUUGA